UCGCAUUUGGAGGAGUAUAAGAGACGUUGUGUUGUUUCAAUUCUAGUCGAGUAAACAACGUGUAAGUAAGAACUUGAGUUAAUAUAAGAAUAAGUACAAACAUAGUUUUAUUUGUCAUGAUAAACGCAGUUAUUGAUUGCUUUUGCCUGCUCAGACAACGUACUGGAAAGUGAAACCAGGAAGUGACUUGCACGUCGUUUUUGAAACAACACAUGAGUUGAAGCAAUGAAUGUGUAGUUGGAUUUACCAAGGUUUGUGUCUUACCAAAACAUGAAUAACGUGGAAUGUGGAAAUUUAGAUCAAGUGGCAGCAGGAGAUGAUGCCAUUUCAGUGCACGACUUUUCCGAGAAGAUUCUUGAGCAGGUGAUUCAUUUCCACAUUAUGAAAAUGAAAGGUGGAUUUUUCCUUUGGGUCGGUGCAAGUCCUCAUCUCUCCAAUUUGGCUGUUGCCAUGAGCAGCAAAUAUGACUCAAUGCCUCUGUCGACAUUAGUGCUUGGGGACCCGUCAGACACUGCUCCAAAUUCUUUAGCGCAACGACUGGCCAAGAAGACAAAAAAGCAGGUCUUUGUCAGCUACAAUCUUCCUGGCACAGAAGCCAACCUCACCUUACUGGUGGAAAACAGAAUAAAGAAAGAAAUGGAGCUUUUCCCUGACAAAUUUUAG